UUCGUAGAAUCAUUCGCCAUGUUGGUUACGACCUUGCGGUUGUUGGGAGUUUAGGUAGCUUAAACAAAAAGUGGGUCUAUGCUUGCAUAAGAAAUCUUAAUCCAUUCACAUCGUGAUUGGUGAGUGGAAAUAAAUAAAAUGGAAACUACGUAUGGAGUCGGAAUUAAAAAUCGUUACGAAUUAUUUUACGAUGACGAAGAAGAUCCAUUGGAAAUCCUCAGACAACAACAAAAGGAGACGGAAAAGAAGAAGGUAGAAAAAGUCCCCAAAAAUGCGAAAACUAAAGGAACGAAGCCUGUUACAACAACAAAAGUUACAAAAGAUAUUCCAACGAAAGGAAAACUUAAUUCUGAACCAGCCUUGCAUAAAACAAAAUCUACAAAGCCUGGCACUGAUCGUACUGUGAGAUUUAGUAAUAAUUCUCAAGAAGAUUCUAAAGAGACAGAAGAACGCAGAAACCGUAGAAACCGAGAUGACAAAUUAUUUUCUGACAUAAGGGAAUCGAGAGAUGGUGAGAAUCGACGUGGUGGAAGAGGUGGAUUUAGCACUACUGGCGGUGGAGGCAACAUGCGUGGUUCUAGAGGUCGAGGACGUGGCCGAGGAGGAAAUUUUGGAUUUGAUAGUCGUGGCAAGAGAGAGUUUGAUCGUCAAAGUGGAAGUGAUAAAAGUGGUGUUAAGCCAGUUGAAAAAAGGGAAGGUGCUGGUGCUCAUAAUUGGGGAACAGUUAAGGAUGAUCUAGAAGUACAGCUAACCCCAUUGAGUGAUGAAAAUCCAGAAAUUGGUGAAAGAAGUGGUGAUGAAAUUGUGCCAGAACAAAAUGACAUCAAGGAAACAGAAUUAGGUAUCGAAGGGGUUAAGAUAACCAAUGAAGCAAAUAAUGAAAUGACUUUGGAUGAAUGGAAAAAGCAACAAGAAGGCAAACGAUCUAAAGCUAGCUUUAACUUGCGUAAAGCUGGCGAAGGAGAGGAUUCAAAUCAGUGGAAAAAGUUUACAGUAUUAACAAGUAAAAAAUUUGAGGAGUAUGAUGAUGAGGAAGAGGAGGAGGAAAGUGAGGAUGACGACGAAUUUGUGAAAAGAGGGCGUCAGAAACAGGUCGUGGACAUCAAGAUCAACUUUGCCGACUCACGGCGAGCAAGAGGUCGCGGCAAGGCCAGAGGAUCCGGAAGAGGAAUCAUGAAGGGAGGGAAGUCUCCCGAACAAUCCGUUCCUAAAGUCGACGACUGGAACGACUUUCCAUCUUUAGUCACAGCCUAGACAUUUUUACGCCAGAGGCAAGAUUCCGGGCCGUCGUAUCAAUAUGGCCACGUUUUGUUAAUUUUUGUCUUAUUUGGUCAUGUAAUUUUUAUGCACUGCUUGAAAAAAAUCAUAAUUUUGUAAGUUUGUCAAUGGGGGUUAUAAAGCAGAGAGAAUGUGUGGCUAAAAAUACGGAAAUAAUCGACAGUCUGGAGAUAAACUUUGGUACAGUUUUCCCAUCAUUUAUUUUGUUUAAAGGGUGAUUUUGGAAUACAUGGUUGUUUAUACUGAAUGUCUCGGUAUGUACCAUGUUACAAAAUGAUGUUUAAUAAACCCAAUGGCUCUGUGCCUAAUUUGUGAA